CUAAAAACGGUACUUCGAUUAGCAGAUGAAGACCUAGAAAAUGUUACCGUACACGGAAAUAGCUUUGUUUUUCGAUGCAAUCAAUCGGGCACUUCGAAAUCGCUCAGCAAAUAUACAUUCGAUCAAAUUUUUGCCUCAGAUGCUACCAUUCAACAAAUAUGUUCAGUUUGCUUGCCGGAUCUAUUGCAAACAUGUUUCAGUGGUUCUGAUGCUUGUUUCAUCUAUUUUGGUGCUGUAUCAAAAGCUAAAAAUGAGCUGCUUUAUUCGCAAUACGGUCGACAGUCCGAUUUCGCAACAAUACCAACAGUAAGCACAACUUCAGACUUAGCUGGUCCAUCAUCUGGAAUACAAUAUCCGGGUAUUUUCCCAUCUGCUCUGCUACUCACAUUCCGAUUAAUAUCCGAAUUACGUCAACGUCGACCGGAUUUUCAUCAUUCAGUUCGUAUUUCGGCACUUUAUUAUUCUCAACGUCGUAAUCUGCUCAUCGAUCUUCUUGCUUCACUUAUUCUACCUGUUACCUCACAAGAUGUUAUCAUUCGAGAAGAUUCUGUAUUGGGAAUCAAAAUUGAGAAUCAUAGCGAAUUACGGGUGGAUUCGGUGGAGCAAGCAAUGCUGAUGAUCGAUGAUAUUAUUCAGGCUAGACUAACAGGUGAACCUCUUAAAAUCUCAUCAAUUUAA